AUGUAUUGCACCAAAGAUUGCGCCUGCCGCUUGUGUCGAGAGCUGCGCGACUAUAAGCUAAGCUCCAAGAAGCCACUGUUGGCACAUCAGCCGCAGCUACAGCUCCAGUUGCCUUCAAAGUGCAAGUCGGGCAAGUUGGGGGGCAAGGGAACGCCGCCCAGUUCGCUGCUGGGUCGCAUGCUAAAUGAGAAUUUUAUACUGAGGCGUCGCGGCAUCUCGCUGAAGAACUUUCAGCCGCAAUCACUGCGCAAUAGCGAAAUGUGCCAGUCGCAGCCGCGCGAUGUGCCACGCCCAGCGCAGACACCAUCGCCCACGCCCAUCGAGGAGCUGCCCGAUUGGGCGGCCACACAGCGCAGGCGGGAACGAGAUCGUGAUGGCAAAGCCAAGAGCAAUGAGAAUGGAAAUGGGAAUGGGAAUGAGAAUCUAGGCGAUCGCGAGGUCAAACCAAAUCACAAGGUGGUCAUCUAUUUUGGUGACUCCAUGAAUCGAGCUCAGCUGCCGCAGCAGCAGGCACAGCAGCAACAACCCGCAUCGAACCUGAUGCCCGCAGAUGCAGCCAAUCUGCACUCGCAGCUGCUACAGGAGAUGUCCCACAAACUGCAGGCCAAUGAAAAAGCCAAACCGGAGCCAAUGGAGGAGGCAGUUGUGGCUGCCGAGACUAAGGUGGCCGUGGAGUCUGGGGAGGCAAACAUUGAUGAUGAACUGCCGCCCUACAUUGAGAGCGUGCAGAAUGGCGUAAUUAAUAUCAAAAUUGAAGGCAAUUACCGGCGCGCCAGUGCUCUGGUGGAAACGGUGGCAAAGCCAACUCUUGCUGUUGUUGGCCAAAUGAAAUCCGAUGCUGCUGACAGCAGAGCUGAUGCUCUCGAUGAUGAUGAUGAUGAUGACGACGAUGACGGCGAUGACAGCGACCCUGGCCACGAUGCAGAGACCGCCAGUCAGUCAGAUUCAUGCGAUUGGAGCUACGUUCAGGAGUGGCGACGAGCUGCGAGACGACCCACGGGAAACUUGCCGCCAAGCUUUGCUGGGCAACAGGCGCCCGUUCAGACGUCAGGAUUGCCGCCUGUGCCACUGCAGCCACAACAGUCGCAAUCGGGGCACGCCAAUGCGCCACAUAUUGCACCACAGGGCGGCGGUUUGGCGGUGGCAAUGGCAACGCCAGCGCCACGAAUCUUUAAAGAGCUAGCACAGCAGCCUAACAAGGCGCCAAUGGGCAAUAAUAAGACGCCAGCGAAUGUGCUGCCAGUGCCUCUGAUGACCAGUCCACUGCCACAUCAUCAACUGACAUCGCCCGUCUCCAAGGCAGCUAUGCCGCAACGUGCCGUGGCCGGACCUGCUCGUCUUACCGUGCAGAGCACUCCGGUCAAGUCGCAGCCGCCACAGCUGAGCGGCAGCCUGCAGAGCUCUCCGAGUCGCGCUACCUUGGGCAUUCCAACAGCGACGGCGCGGACGCAUCCGCAUGAACAGUUUAGGGCUCUGCAGCGGGUGCAGGAGUGCCACAGUUCGUCGGAUGAGAAUCGGAGUUCGGGGCAUGCCAGCAUGUCGGAUACGGGCGGGCAUAGUUCGUCGCCGGCUGGUGGUAUGACCCUGGGACCGCUGCCCGAAGAUCGCCUGGCCGCUGGCGUGACCAAUCGGAGUACACGCUCUAGACGGCAUCGAGGCAUCAUGCCCGCUGGCAAGGCGCCGUGGAGCGGCAGUGGGUUGGAGGACAUCAAGUUAGCCAUACAGCAGCUGACGAUGCGAUCGCAGACAAGCAGCAGCACCUACAGCAGCCUGAGUGCUGGUUCGGAGAGCUCGGAGCCAGCCAGGCGUCUGGGUCGUUAUUCAUCCCUGGAGACGGUCAUCACUAGCACCAGUGCGGAUGAGUUUGUGUGGGUGGACUCGCACAAUCGACUGGUGGAGCUGCAGCAUCCGCCGUGGAGCCAACAGUGCAUUAUGCGAGUGUUGCGCAAUGGUCGCUGCAAGCAGCAGGCGGAGCACGUUUCCGUCGAGGUCAUCUCCAGGCUGGGCUAUCUGCUGCAGCGGGCACUGGUGCGCAUCGCACGGGAGAUUCAGCGCUUCUCGGCGGGCUUGGGUCUGUGCUCCAAGCAGGAGGUGGCCGGUGCCUUCAAGGUGGUGCUCUGCUCCACACUGGCUGAUUCCUGCACCAAGGCGUGUCUGCGUGCCGCCGCCAUGUUCGCGGUGCCCGGCGAGAGUGCCCUCAAGCAGAGCAAAUCCUCACGGGCCGGACUCCAGUUGUCCGUGGGAAGUUUCUUCAGAUGGAUGACCGAUGCUCGACUGGGCAAGUUCAUUCACGAGUAUGCUGCCGUCUAUUUGUGUGCUGGCAUUGAGAAUCUCCUCGAAGAGAUCAUGCUGCAGUGUGGCGGCAACAGCUCAACGGCGCCGGCUCUCGAUCAGAACAUUGCCAGCUCAGGUGAUUUCUGGGGCCUGUUGCAGCCGUUUGCCCACUUGAAUGCUGGACGCAUCGCCUCCGGCGCCCUGGCUAUGCCACGCUGGGCGAGCCCCUUCUCGCUGGCCACCUGUGUGGGCAGCAUACGUGAGCUGAAGGAAAAGGCACUGCGCACCCAGCAGGAGUUCCAACAUUCCGCCGCCCUCUCGAAUGCGGCGCUCAGUGCACUGUUCUAUUUCAUGCGCUGCUCCCAGCUGGAGCACACAGAGCUUGCCGCCCAGAGUUCAACGGCCGGACGAGCGCCACCCAACAGUGGCACCCAAAACGUUCAGGAACUGUGCUAUGAACGCGCCUACGUCGUCCUACCCCCGCUGGCCGAGUGGCUGCGUGUGGCAUCCGCACAUGCUGAUCAUCGCAAUGGCAUCAUGAUCGAUAAGGAUGAUAUUUUACAGGCUGCACGUCUUUUGCUGCCCGGCGUUGAUUGUCCCAUACGUCCCGUAGCCCAUGAUGAGGAGCUGCCCACGAAGAAGACGCACUUUGGAAACAGCAGCAGCAGCAGCAGUCCGGGCUCAACAGGUGCAACGGGUACGGCCAGCAGCUGCAGCACACCCGCUGUAAGCAGCAUUGGCGAGGACACCUCGGAGCUUGGCAGGCGGGCCACAGUUGGAGUCGCCUUCAAGUUACUGCUGACAGGACGUGCUGAAUUGCUGGCGCAGGCUGCUCAGCUGUUGCCACCGACUACGCGCUACGAUACACAGAACAGUGCCGGAUUGACCGCAUUGAUGAUUGCCAGCAUACGGAAUGAUGAGGUGGCUUUGCAUGCGCUCCUCGAUGCCGGCUGUGAUCCCAAUGUGGAGGUGCCCGCAACGGGUAGCACGGGCUAUCCGGCCAUACAGCCGGACACGCAACACUGGACGGCUCUGAGCUUUGCAGCCAGCAGGGCCAACUAUGUGGCGCUGCGCAUCUUGCUGGAGCGUGGCGGCAAAGUGGAGGGAGGAGCACGGAGCAGCGAGGAGAAGUGCACACUGACGCCGCUACAGUUGGCCGCUGGCACAGGCAAUCUGGAAAUGGUGGCUCUUCUGCUGGCACACGGCGCCAAUGCAUUUAUGUCCACACAGCAGAAGGACACGCUCUGCUUUGCGGGCGCCGCGCAAAAGGGUUGUUUCUGCGCCAUCUCCGUGGCAGCGGCGCAUGGGCAUCGCUCGUGUUUGCGGAAGCUGCUCACACAUCCGGUUUCGCCGGGUACGAGGGAUGUGCUCUCAUUGGAGGAGAUGCUCGCCGAGGGUGAUGUGGUCGGUGUGGGUCGUGGCUCUUCUAACACUGCUGCAGUUAGUGUUGCCGGCGAGGAUCUGCUGCCGCUGCUCAACAAGACGCAGAUCAAGCGACUCCAGGAGGCCAUGUACCACAGCGCCGAGAACAAUCAUCUGGACAUUACCAUAGAGCUGCGUAAACUGGGUGUCCCCUGGACUUUGCACUGCUGGAUGCAUGCCCUGUCUGCGGCCCAUGAUCUGCGUCUGGAUGCAGUGAUUGAUCAGCUGCUGCAGGACUUUCUGCAGGUCUGUCCGGAUGAUUACAGCGCCCAGUUUGUCAGCGAGUGCCUGCCCUUGCUCUUCAACAUCUUUCGCAAUAAGAACGAGGGCACCACACUGCUCCUUGCCGAUAUAUUCGCCACAUGCUUUGGCUGGGAAGCACUGCAUCCACUGAAAGAGCAGCCGACACUACAGCCAGUUCAGGGCACUCGCAUCGAUCCAAAGUUUGUCAACAAUCCGGAACUAAGCGAUGUCACCUUUCGCGUCGAGGGCAAAAUAUUCUACGGCCACAAAAUAGUAUUGGUCACGGCCUCGCCACGAUUCCAGAGCAUGCUCAGCUCAAAGCUGAGUGAGGCCAAUGCCACGCCCACAGUACAGAUCAACGAUAUACGCUACCACAUCUUCCAGAUGGUAAUGCAAUUUCUCUACAGUGGUGGAUGUGGUGCUUUGGAUGUGUCGCAUGGUGAUGUGCUGGAACUGAUGGCUGCUGCUAGCUUCUUCCAGCUGGAGGCACUUCUGCGCUACACAGAGGCUCGCUGCUCCGAAAUGGUUGACGUGGACAAUGUGGUGGCCAUGUAUAUACAUGCCAAGGUUUAUAAUGCUAACAAUCUGCUGGAGUAUUGCCAGUGCUUUUUGCUGCAGAAUAUGGUCGCGCUGCUGACUUACGAUGAUUCAGUAAAGCGUUUGCUGUUUGCCAAGAAGAUACCAAAUCAUGAUGUCCUCGCCGGCCUGUUGCAGACGCUGCAGCAGCGUCUAAAGACCCGCAAACCGAAUGCUGGAGGAUUGGUUAACUCCUAUCGCUCGCCGCCGGCGACGCCUGUGAAGAAGUAGCAGUAAUCAGUCUACCAUAUAUAUAGGCAACCAUAUAUAUAUAUGUCUGACUUAUGUCAUAUUUAUUGCAUUGUUUUUAUUCGAAUUCACUGAGCUCGUACUCGUUCGUAUGUAUUAUAACGCCCUAUCCCUAGAGCUAUCCCUUAAAUAGUACUUGUAGUUGUAUUUGUACUCUCAACUUGUUCAGCGCACUGUUAAUUUAAAUUAUAAAUGCUAGAUAACUUGUAUCCUGUGUAGCAGCCUGUAGUUAGUUGAAAUUGUUUCUGCAUUAAUCAUAGAAAACCCAACAAAAAAAAAAAAAAAAAGAAUCAACAAUAAAGACUCCAUUGUGUUUUUUCU